GAGGCUCGCAAUGCGGAAGGCGGGUGCUCACGUGCGUCACGACGGCAGCGUCGGAGGGCGGGGCCGGCAGAGGAGCCACGCGAAUUUGAGCUGCGUCACAAUCGAAGCCGCCGUCGAAAUUGAUUUUCGCCCGGACCGGUCACGGUGACUCAUAGAUGCCAUGCCGAGCGUAUGACCCAGAAGGAGUUUCGAGGGCGAUUUGGGCCGGGCCGCUCUCAGUGCGCACGCGCCGGGUCGCGCCGACCAACCCGGGGUUGAAUUUUCUCGGAGAAAGACAGGCCGGCCAUCAGGAAAACAAACAAGCCUCCGCAACAUCUUAAGCCCAUGAAAGGAUCCUGAGAGAGGGGGGAAAGGGAAAAGAGCAGCCACCAGCCCAACCACUUGUGUCUUCUACCCCUUCCCACCUAUUCGCCCACCCCACCAGCCCACGCUGCUUGGGACUUGAGAUCUGUGGCCGAAGGACCGUCACCACAUAACUGCAAAAAUAACCACCCUCCCCGCCCAAACCCACCCAAUCUCACUCAUCCAGCAUUUCCUUUUUGGAAUCCACUCAGGAUUUUUUUCAACGACCCCCCCUCCCUAAAUGGAGUUGGGUGGGGGGAAUGUGAAUACUGAGUUGGUCUUUACUUUUUUAAGAGACUUUUUGAUCCAAUGAGGCCCCCCAAGUAAUUGAGUUUGGGUCCUGGUUGGUUGUUUUUUUUUCCUCCAAAAUUUUACCCCUCCCCCCCCUGAGCCCGUGGUGCUGACGUCGCAAAAAAAUUGGAUAAAACCACCAUCAUGGGUUCGGGUCCCAUAGACCCCAAAGAACUUCUCAAGGGCCUGGAUAGCUUCCUUACUCGGGAUGGAGAAGUGAAGAGUGUGGACGGAAUUUCUAAGAUCUUCAGUCUGAUGAAGGAAGCACGGAAGAUGGUGAGUCGCUGUACGUACCUAAACAUCAUCCUGCAGACCCGGGCCCCAGAAGUGCUAGUCAAGUUUAUUGAUGUUGGUGGCUACAAGCUUCUGAACAACUGGUUAACAUAUUCAAAGACGACCAACAACAUUCCUCUCCUACAGCAGAUUCUGCUGACCCUGCAGCACCUCCCACUUACUGUGGACCAUCUCAAGCAGAACAACACAGCAAAACUCGUGAAGCAGCUGAGCAAGUCAAGUGAGGAUGAAGAGCUCCGGAAAUUGGCCUCAGUCCUUGUCAGCGACUGGAUGGCUGUUAUCCGCUCUCAGAGUAGUACCCAGCCUGCAGAGAAGGAUAAGAAGAAACGGAAAGAAGAAGGGAAAAGCCGAACUACGCUUCCUGAGCGACCUUUGACUGAGGUGAAAGCUGAGACCCGGGCUGAGGAGGCCCCAGAGAAGAAGAAGGAGAAGCCCAAGUCACUGCGAACCACUGCACCCAGUCACGCCAAGUUCCGUUCCACUGGACUAGAGCUGGACACCCCAUCUUUGGUGCCUGUGAAGAAGAACUCCAGCACUGUGGUGGUGUCAGAUAAAUACAAUCUGAAGCCCAUCCCCCUCAAGCGGCAGAGUGCCACAACUGCUCCAGGAGAUGCUGCCCCACCUGCAGAGAAGAAGUACAAGCCCCUCAACACAACCCCCAACACCACCAAAGAAAUCAAAGUGAAGAUCAUCCCCCCACAGCCUAUGGAAGGCCUGGGUUUCCUGGAUGCUCUCAAUUCAGCUCCUGUCCCAGGCAUCAAAAUUAAGAAGAAGAAGAAAGUUCUGUCACCGACUGCUGCCAAGCCCAGCCCCUUUGAAGGGAAAACAAGCACUGAACCAAGCACAGCCAAACCUUCUUCCCCAGAGCCAGCACCUCCUGCUGAGCCCAUGGACACAGACCGCCCUGGCACCCCGGUGCCGCCCGUUGAAGUCCCAGAGCUCAUGGAUGCAGCCUCCUCAGAGCCAGGAGCUCUGGACGCAAAGCCUGUGGAGAGCCCUGGUGAUCCCAGCCAGCUGACUCGGAAGGGCAGAAAGAGGAAAACUGUGACGUGGCCCGAGGAGGGCAAGCUGAGAGAGUAUUUCUACUUUGAACUGGAUGAAACUGAGCGAGUGAAUGUGAACAAGAUCAAAGACUUCGGUGAGGCAGCUAAGCGUGAGAUACUGUCAGACCGGCAUGCUUUUGAGACAGCCCGGCGACUAAGCCACGACAGCAUGGAGGAGAAAGUGCCCUGGGUGUGUCCCCGGCCUCUGGCUCUACCCUCCCCUCUCGUCAUCCCUGGGAGCCAUAGCCAGGAGCGGUACAUCCAGGCUGAGCGGGAGAAAGGCAUCCUUCAGGAACUCUUCCUGAACAAGGAGAGUCCUCAUGAGCCUGAUCCUGAGCCCUAUGAGCCUGUACCCCCGAAACUCAUCCCCUUGGAUGAGGAGUGUUCCAUGGAUGAGACACCAUAUGUUGAGACCCUGGAGCCUGGAAUGUCUGGUGGCUCACCUGAUGGGGCAGGAGGCUCCAAGCUGCCUCCUGUUCUGGCCAAUCUUAUGGGAAGCAUGGGAGCUGGGAAGAGCCCCCAGGGCCCUGGGGGAGGAGGCAUCAAUGUCCAGGAGAUCCUCACCUCCAUCAUGGGCAGUCCAAACAGCCACCCUUCAGAGGAACUGCUGAAACAGCCAGACUACUCCGACAAGCUCAAGCAGAUGCUGGUGCCACAUGGACUCCUAGGUCCUGGUCCUGUAGCCAAUGGCUUCCCACCAGGAGGCCCCGGGGGUCCCAAGGGUAUGCAGCAUUUCCCUCCUGGUCCUGGAGGGCCGAUGCCAGGUCCCCACGGAGGCCCUGGUGGGCCAGUGGGUCCACGUCUCCUGGGUCCCCCACCUCCCCGGGGAGGUGACCCCUUCUGGGAUGGCCCAGGUGACCCCAUGCGAGGUGGCCCCAUGCGCGGGGGUCCUGGACCUGGUCCUGGACCCUACCACAGAGGCCGAGGAGGUCGUGGAGGAAGUGAGCCGCCACCACCCCCUCCAUUCCGAGGAACAGAGGAGGUCGUUUUCUGGGGAGGACCCCCAAAUGGCCGAGGGGGUCCUGGUGGAGGAGGCAUGGUUGGAGGUGGUGGACAUCGAUCCCAUGAUGGCCCUGGAGGAGGAAUGGGCAGUGGACAUCGAUCCCAUGAUGGCCCUGGAGGAGGAAUGGGCAGUGGACAUCGAUCCCAUGACGGGCCCUGGAGGGGGAAUGGGCAGUGGACAUCGAUCCCAUGACGGCCCUGGAGGAGGACUGGGUGUAGUGGUGGACAUCGUUCCCCAUGAAGGCCCUGGACACGGGGGACCACAUGGCCACCGGCCCAAUGAUGUUCCUCGUCAUCGAGGCC